AUGACUGUCUCUACUGUCAUGUUCCCGGAGCCGGUGACCAGACUCGAGGGCGAGUCGGUCAUAACUCUCCAGUCGACAGUCGACUUCGUCUCCGGCCAGUUCAGCGAGCCCAUCAAGCCGAUUCCUCUCAUCGACGUGGCCGAGAUAUCGGAGGAUGACAGCAGCAGCUCAGCGUCCGAGUCCGAGGACGUCGUAGCUGCUACAUUGCCGCUCACCAAGAAGCUUAGCAACCCCCUAGCGCUUGACCAGAUCGUUUCAAGCGUCGUCGAGCCGACGUCUGGGGCUAAGAAGCUUCGCAAGAUGCUACUCGAGACCGAGGAGUUGAUCGUGUGUCCCGGGGUCUACGAUGGGCUCUCGGCGCGCACGGCUAUCGAGUUGGGGUUUAACGCUAUGUACAUGACCGGCGCAGGUACCACAGCCUCCCGCAUUGGACAGCCAGACCUGGCUAUUGCGCAGUUGCACGAGAUGCGAGAGAAUGCCGAGAUGAUUGCCAACCUUGACCCCUUUGGCCCACCCCUAAUCGCUGACAUGGAUACCGGGUACGGUGGUCCCAUCAUGGUCGCUCGAACCGUGGAGCAGUACAUCCGUGCAGGCGUGGCAGGCGCCCAUCUGGAAGACCAGGUCCUCACCAAGCGCUGCGGCCACCUCAGCGGAAAGCGCGUCGUCCCGCACGACGAGUACAUCUCGCGCAUCCGCGCCGCGCACGCCGCCCGCGUGCGCCUACAAUCCGACUUCGUGCUGAUCGCGCGCACCGACGCCCUGCAGUCGCUCGGCUACGACGCGUGCAUCGCGCGGCUGCGCGCCGCGCGCUCCGAGGGCGCGGACGUCGGGCUCCUCGAGGGCUUCGCGUCGAAGGAGCAGGCGGCGCAGGCGGUGCGCGACCUCGCGCCCUGGCCGCUGCUGCUGAACUCCGUCGAGAACGGGAAGAGCCCCGUCAUCACGGUCGACGAGGCGCGGGACAUGGGGUUCAGGAUCAUGAUCUUCAGCUUCGCGACGCUGGCGCCGGCGUACGUGGCCAUUCGGGAGACGCUGGUGAGGCUGAAGAAUGAGGGGGUCGUCGGCACGCCGAAGGAGAUCACACCCGUGAAGCUGUUCGAGGUCUGUGGGCUUGAGUAUAGCAUGACGGUUGAUACGAAUGCGGGGGGCACGUCGUUUUUGGGGGGGUUGUGA